AUGUUAUCCAAGCAAAUCGGCUCCAUGCAGUAGAUAUCACCUCAAGCAGCUUCCGUCUGAUGUGGCCCAAACUCCUCUCCCAAGAAACUGGCUACUACACCCUAGAGUAUGCCCCGAUCGAUGAUCUAGCAAGGAAGAGGGCAAAGCAAGUGUCUGGGGCGCACACUAGCCUCAUGCUAAGCAACCUUGCACCAGAAACUACUUAUGAGGUGGCACUCAUUCCUGAAUCCAACGUCCACUACUUCCCUCCCCAGACAACAAGGGUUACUACACUAGCAGAGGAAAUAAGCCCAGCUCAGGUUCUCAUCUCAGAGUCUGGGCCACACAGCUUCCACGUUAGUUGGGCUCCUACCCUGGACAGUGUGAUCGGUUAUCAGGUCCUCUACGGACCACUCCCGGGGAACUCGGCGAAGCUGCUGGAGGUGGACGGCAAGCACAAUAGUACUGUGGUGGAGAAUCUGGCCCCCAAUACAACCUAUCUAGUGACCGUGACUGCAGUCUACAAAUCGGGAAAGGAGAAAUCGCUGUCAGCAAAAGCAUGCACUCAGGAAGAGGGCUCUACAGUGAGGCACCUUCGCUUUGAAGACAUGGGCCCCAACACCCUGAAAGCCUCCUGGGACUCUGCCGAUGGAAAAGUCCUUGGUUACAGGGUCAGGUGCCGGCGGCAAACUGGCCCUUCAUCUGUCAUCAGCGUUUCGCCGCAGAUCCACAGCGUGCUCCUCACAGACCUGGCUUCAGGCACCACUAACAAAGUGUGUGUGAAGCCUGUGUACGAGAACCAGCCGGGCAAAGGGCUGUGCCGCAUGGUGCACAUGCAGCCAGCUACAGAGGCCCAAGGAUAUAAGCACAGACAGAGAGCAUGA